CAGCUUUUUCUCGCCAUAUUUAUUCACACGCCAUUAACAUAUGGCCAGGCGGAGAAGGGGCGGAGGAGGAGGAGGAGGAGACUCGCGGAAACCAACACCUUCCGAGCAGCAGUCUCAGCCUCAGACUGGCAAGAAAGCCCAACAGAAACGAGAGAAAGAGAAAGCGAAAGAGAAAGAAAAGGAGAAAGACAAUGAGAAAGAGAAAAAAUCCCAGGAUUUCAAUGAUGCUAGUAAUCUUAAGAAAUUAAAAAGGGAGAAGAAGAAUUGGUCAUGUAUAGACAGUUGUUGUUGGUUCAUCGGAUCUAUUUGUUCGAUUUGGUGGUUUUUACUUUUUCUAUACAAUGCGAUGCCGGCAUCGUUCCCGGAGUACGUCACCACCGCUAUAACGGGGAAAAUACCCGACCCGCCGGGUGUCAAAUUGCAGAAAGAAGGAUUGAAAGCCAAGCAUCCGGUGGUUUUCGUUCCCGGCAUUGUCACCGGUGGGCUUGAAUUGUGGGAAGGCCAUCCCUGUAUGGAUGGAUUGUUCAGAAAAAGGCUUUGGGGUGGCACCUUCGGCGAACUCUACAAGAGGCCAUUGUGUUGGGUAGAACACAUGUCACUGGACAACGAAACUGGGCUAGAUCCACCUGGUAUAAGAAUCAGACCUGUUUCUGGACUUGUAGCAGCUGAUUACUUUGCUGCAGGCUAUUUCGUAUGGGCUGUUCUUAUAGCCAAUCUUGCUAGCAUCGGAUAUGAAGAAAAGAACAUGUACAUGGCAGCUUAUGAUUGGAGACUCUCCUUUCAAAACACAGAGGUAAGAGAUCAAACCCUAAGCAGGAUGAAGAGCAAUAUAGAACUCAUGGUGGCUACAAGCGGUGAAAAGGUGGUUGUCAUCCCACAUUCCAUGGGCACUCUCUACUUCUUACAUUUCAUGAAAUGGGCUGAAGCACCACCACCAUUAGGUGGUGGUGGUGGUGGCGACUGGUGUGCUAAACACAUAAAGGUUGUGAUGAACAUCGGUGGACCAUUGUUAGGGCUUCCAAAGAUAGUUGCAGGUUUGUUUUCAGCUGAAGCAAAAGACAUUGCUGUUGCUAGAGCUGUUGCUCCUGGUGUUCUUGAUAAAGAUAUAUUCGGUUUCCAAACUUUACAACAUGCAAUGAGAAUGACACGAACAUGGGAUUCAACAAUGUCACUGAUUCCAAAAGGUGGGGAUACUAUUUGGGGGACACUCGAUUGGGCUCCUGAACAUGGCCAUGAUUGUUCCACCAUGAAAGUCAAACCCAAUGAUACUCUCCCUCCAAAAGAUCAAAACAAAAAAGGAAAUUUUCAUGCUUCAAAAGUUAAUUAUGGAAGAAUCAUAUCAUUCGGAAAGGAGUUUGCUGCUUUGCAUUCAUCAAAGAUUGACCGUGUUGACUUCAAGGAUGCUAAAAAAGGGUAUAACUUUGGAAACACAACAUGUCGGGAUGCAUGGAAUGAGUAUCAUGACAUGGGAAUCCCAGGAGUUGAAGCAAUUCUUGAUUACAAAGUUUAUACAGUGGAAUCAGUUUUGGAUCUUUUACAAUUUGUGGCUCCAAGAAUGAUGAAACGUGGUAGUGCUCAUUAUUCAUAUGGAAUUGCUGACAAUUUAGACGAUCAAAAAUACCAACAUUAUAAAUACUGGUCCAAUCCCUUGGAAACCAGAUUACCGGAUGCACCUGAGAUGGAGAUAUUUGCGAUGUAUGGAGUGGGAUUAGCGACAGAACGAGCGUAUAUUUACAAAUUUACCCCUGGAGCGGAUCAAUGCUACAUUCCAUUCCAGAUUGAUACAUCUGCAGAUGGUGGAAUUGAGGAGAGUUGUUUAAAAAGUGGGGUUUUUUCAGUUGAUGGAGAUGAAACAGUUCCUAGUUUAAGUGCAGGAUUUAUGUGUGCAAAAGGGUGGAGAGGGAAAACACGAUUUAAUCCUUCUGGAAUUCAGACAUAUGUACGAGAAUACGAUCAUGCGCCUCCUGCGACGCUUCUAGAAGGGAGAGGGACACAGAGUGGGGCCCAUGUUGAUAUAAUGGGGAAUUUUGCAUUAAUUGAGGAUAUUAUAAGAGUGGCGGCUGGUGCUAAUGGGAAAGAUUUGGGAGGAGAUCGGGUUUAUUCUGAUAUUUUCAAGUGGUCUGAAAGGAUUAAGUUACAGUUAUAGAAUCCCAACUUAAAUUUUGUAGGUG